AUGUCUCUCCCUCACCGUGGCAAGGAGCAGCCCUCCACAAAGGCUGUUAUUUUGGUUGGCGGUCCUUCCCGCGGCACUCGAUUCCGACCCCUCAGUCUCGACGUCCCCAAGCCGCUCUUUGAGGUCGCCGGCCACCCAAUCAUCUGGCACUGCGUCUCCGCCCUCAGCAAGCUCACCACCAAGCACCUCCAGGAGGUGUACAUCAUCGGCUACUACGAGGAGCAGAUCUUCCAAAACUUCAUCAAGGAUGCCUCCCUUGAAUUCCCCGGUCUCUCCAUCAAGUACCUCCGCGAGUACGAGGCUCUUGGCACUGCAGGUGGUCUCUACCACUUCCGUGACGCCAUUCUGAAGGGCCGCCCCGAGCGCCUUUUCGUCCUCAACGCCGAUGUUUGCUGCUCCUUCCCUCUCGUCGACAUGCUCAAGCUCUUCGUUGAGAAGGACGCCGAGGCCGUUAUUCUCGGCACCAAGGUCUCCAAUGAGGCCGCCAGCAACUUCGGAUGCAUCGUCUCCGAUGCCCACACUCGCCGUGUUCUUCACUACGUCGAGAAGCCCGAGAGUCACAUCAGCAACCUCAUUAACUGCGGUGUCUACCUGUUCAGCACUGAGGCUAUCUUCCCCAGCAUUAAGAAUGCUAUCAAGCGCCGAACUGACCGACCCCGCCUCGUCUCGUAUCCUAGCUCCGAUAACCUCGAGAGCAGCAUGAUCUUCGACGACGAUUUGGGUAACCAGAACGGUGUCAUCCGCCUCGAGCAGGACAUCCUCAGUGACCUUGCCGAUAACAAGCAGUUCUUCGUCUACGAGACCAAGGACUUCUGGCGCCAGAUCAAGACGGCUGGAUCCGCUGUGCCCGCCAACGCUCUCUACCUCCAGCAGGCCCUCCAGGCCGGCUCCAAGGAGCUCGCGCCCCGCUCGGCUAACAUUAUCCCUCCCGUCUUUAUCCACCCCACUGCCACGAUCGAUCCCACCGCUAAGCUCGGCCCCAACGUCUCCAUCGGCCCCCGCGUCCACGUCGGCGCCGGUGCGCGUGUCAAGGAGUCGAUUGUCCUCGAGGACUCCGAGAUCAAGCACGACGCCUGUGUUCUUCACUCCAUCAUUGGCUGGGGUUCCCGCGUCGGCGCUUGGGCUCGUGUUGAGGGUACCCCCAUCCCCGUCAACAGCCACACCACUAGCAUCAUCAAGAACGGUGUCAAGGUCCAGAGCAUAACCAUUUUGGGCAAGGACUGCGCCGUUGGUGAUGAGGUCCGCGUCCAGAACUGUGUCUGCCUCCCUUAUAAGGAGCUCAAGCGGGACGUUGCCAACGAGAUCAUCAUGUAA